AUGUCUAAGUCUAAAGAAUCACGUCAUUUUGCUAACCGUAGACAUUAUCAAAAAAAUCGGGAGAAAAUUCUUCAAAAACGUCGGGCUUCUCGUUUCGAAUUGCAGGCUCGUUUGGAAUAUCUUGAAAGUGCUCUAUCUCAGACACGUUUACUUCCUCCAAUUAGUGAGCUUUGGAAAUCCGACCUCCCUCCUAUUUGCAAUCUUUUGAAGCCUGAACUUCCACCUUUUAGUGAUCUUUUUAAUCCGAAUCCUCUCAAUACAAAGGAAAAAACACAUCGUACUAAUGAAUAUAACUUAGAUGUAAUAAAAUCUUUGGAAAAUAAUGUUUCAAUUAAUAUAGGUGGUGACGGUCUUGAAAUUAAAGGAAAAUGUAGAACUGAAUUUAAACCUUGGGUCCAAUUAGGAUGA